AUGGCGAUGCACAACGAUUCAGCAAAAAUACUACAUGCACCAUCGCCACAUGUAUCCAUCCAUAGCGAAAAACCAACAGGAAGUGGUCUUGAAUCUGGUGGCGAGACUGGUGUAGCUGUUUCGGUUCAACAAGUGGAACAUGUACCAGAGGGUACUGCAUCACCCGGUAAAGCUCUCUUCAUGCUUCUUAAAGCUUUUGUGGGAACAGGUGUCAUUUUCUUGCCUGGAUCGUUCGUGUCAGGUGGCCUAGUCUUUUCGAUCUGUCUAAUGAUAUUUAUUGCCUCCGUUUGCUUGGUCGCCUUUCAAAUGCUGAUAUAUGCCCAACGUCAAGUGGGUGGCUCGUACGAUGCUGUGGGUGAACGGCUUUAUGGUCCAUGGUUACAGCACAUUAUCAAGUUUUUCUUGUGUUUAUCACAAAUGGGUUUUGUGGCAUCGUAUUUGAUUUUCAUUUCUCAAAACAUUGCUCUUGCCGUUGAUCAUCUUUCCAACUGCACGUCAUCAAUCGAUUCCAAAUACUAUAUCUGGAUGGUCCUUGCCAUCAUUAUACCCAUUACUUGGGUGCGGAAGAUUGCACGACUUUCAUGGUUCGCUAUCAUUGCUGAUGUCUUCAUCUUAUUUGGCUUGAUUUGCGUGCUCUACUUUUCAGCCGCCCAAAUCGCACAGCAACAUGGCCCAGGGCCCAACUUGCAAAUGAUCAAUGGCCAAGACUUUGCUCUUAUGAUUGGCACAGCUGUAUUUUCCUUUGAAGGCAUUGGCAUGGUGAUACCCAUUGUUGAAGGCAUGAAGGAUCCUGACAAGUUUCCAAUGGUGAUGAAUUUGGGUCUCCCCAUUGUGGGUUGCAUUUUUGUCCUUAUUGGCGCUAUUGGGUAUUCCGCUUUUGGUGACAAUACGUAUGCGAGCGUGGUGGCCAACUUGCCCGCCGUACCCCUUUCCACUGCCGUUCAGCUCCUAUAUGCGUUGGCCAUGAUUCUCACUUCACCCUUCAUGUUAUACCCUGCAUUGACCAUUAUUGAACAAGGCCUUUACGGCAAACAUGGUCUUUUUGGAUACCACAGUGGACGUCUAUCACUGAAAUGGAAGUGGAUCAAAAACUUUACGCGCUCCAUGGUCGCUGUUGUAUGCGCUAUUGUAAGCUUUGGUGUUGGUCCAUCAGGGCUCGACAAGUUUGUGGCUCUUGUGGGGUCCGUUGCAUGCAUGCCGCUUUGUUUUAUUUUCCCUGGCAUGUUCCAUUACAAAGUAACAGAUAACAAAUGGAAGCGUAUUGGUGACGUUAUCAUGACAUUGUGGGGAUUUGGUAUUACCAUCUACACAAUGUAUGUAAAUAUCCACUCGUGGGUCUCCCCUUCAGUACCCAAUCGGCCCACACCCGAUACUUGCCCAGCAUAG